CAUGCUUUUGCUGUGAGCAAGUUGGCAGCUCUAAGCAGGAUUGGGAUCUCUGUUGUAGAAAACUGUUACUUCACCUAACCUUAACGCGGAACCACAAGAAAUAUCUUUAAAAUAUAUAUUUCUUGUUCUUCAUCAUAUUGUUUGCUUUUUUACCCCCGAAUCUUGUUCUCUGCCUGUGUUGCUAUGAAUCACCUGCUAUGUUAGCACGAGCAUCUCCUGCAUUGGUAUCGGAUUUGCCAGAACAUAUGCAGGAAACUAGAUAGAAGGGUAUGCUUCAACGUACCAAGUAUAACCGCUUCAGGAAUGAUUCAGUGACAUCAGUUGAUGAUCUUAUUCACAAUCUGUCCAUGAACAGCAAGGUCUCAGCAGUUGCUACGACUUCAGCAGCACCUUCAUACCUGGUCACUCCAGAGGUUCUCCGCAAGGACCAAGAAGAUGGACCCACCACUCUGUGUACCCUCAUCCAUAAAGUGUCCCACUUGAAAUUCUCUUAUACAGGCAGCCUCUUGGGUAUCAAAAACCUGUCCUCUGCAGUAAAGGAGCUUGCAGUCUCCAAGUUACAGGGAAGCUCGAGUGCUUCUAGUUCAGCAGCAGAAGCUUCUGACAACACACGUAACCUUGUCUCUGCCAAUUCGUGUUCACUGCAGGACAUGAGCAAGAUGAGUAUGGGGAAAAAAACACGGUCAGAGGAAAUGUGCCCAGGAGAUGAAGACUGGAAUCAAAAGAGCAGCAUUGUCAAUAAACCCUCUCAAGGAUGGCUGCACUUGAGUGAGAAGAUCCUGGGACCUGGUGUGACGUACAUUGUGAAGUACUUGGGGUGUAUAGAAGUCUUGCGUUCAAUGAGAUCUCUUGACUUCAAUACCAGAACACAGAUUACAAGGGAAGCUAUCAGUCGUGUUUGUGAAGCUGUGCCUGCUGCCAAAGGAGCCUUCAAGAAACGAAAGCCACCGAGCAAAGUUCUGUCCAACAUUUUGGGAAAGAGCAAUCUUCAGUUUGCAGGAAUGAGCAUAAUGCUGAAUAUUUCUACCGCAAGCUUAAAUCUUAUGACUCCCGAUAUGAAACAGAUCAUAGCAAAUCACCACAUGCAAUCUAUCUCUUUUGCAUCUGGAGGUGAUCCGGAUACAACUGACUAUGUUGCUUAUGUAGCUAAGGAUCCUGUUAAUCGGAGAGCAUGUCAUAUACUGGAAUGCUGUGAUGGCCUUGCCCAGGAUAUCAUCAGCACCAUAGGGCAAGCAUUUGAGCUUCGAUUUAAGCAGUACUUGCAGUGCCCCUCUAAGAUACCUACUUUCCAUGAUAGGAUGCAGAGUUUUGAUGAGGAAGAGAGUGUGGCAGCAGAACAUCCCUAUUAUAAUAAAAUCCCAAAUAAAAUGCCCCCUCCUGGUGGCUUCAUUGAUUCCAGACUAAAAGCAAGGAUUCUCACUGCUGCAGACCCACCUCAGUUUGCAGCAGGAGUGAGAAGAGAGAAAAUCUAUUACCAGAAUCAUCACUUAGGAGACAAAUUCUAUGAAGACUGGCAUCAGAAGACUGUUAAAGAAGGAUCCAUGGAUAUUUAUAGUAUGCCAGAAGGGAAAUCACAAGCAACCACAACAACAGAGAUGCCAACGUAUGUGAACACACAGCAAAUAAAUAUGGAAACUCUAUUGGCGCUUCAGGCAGAUGCGGAAAACGACAUCAGUGGAAACAGAGAUAGUACCAAAGAGAGCAGCCCAGAAAAGGAUCUGUUUGACAUGAAACCAUUUGAAGAUGCCCUCAAGAACCAAAUGUCUGAGCCUGUGCUAAGUAAACUGACUUCUGUUGAAUGUACUAGUCCUCUCUUAUGUAGAGCUACUGACUGGACUAAAACAGAAGAGCUGAGUAUAGAGCCAUGGUAUCAAGGAGAGAUGAGCAGGAAAGAAGCUGAACAGCUGUUAAAGAAAUGUGGAGACUUCCUUGUGAGAAGGAGUACCACAAAUCCAGGCUCUUACGUGUUGACAGGCAUGCAGAAUGGACAAGCCAAACACCUUCUUUUGGUGGAUCCAGAAGGAACUGUUCGUACAAAAGAUCGUGUCUUUGACAGCAUAAGUCAUCUUAUCAAUCAUCACCUUGAGAAUAAUUUGCCAAUAGUUUCUUCUGGGAGUGAACUCUGCCUGCAGCAGCCUGCUGAGAGAAGACACUGACUCUAGAUAAUUCUUGCAAUUUUUGUAACUUGCAAGUUAUAACUUCUUGAACUGUAUGUUAGAAAAAAAAAAAUCAUAUUUCCUUAUAUUUCACCAGUAUGUUUUCCUUAGUUUUAAGAAACUCUCUUUCACAUGUUACACUUGAAAAUAAUCAAUGCUUUAUGUGGACAUGAAGUCAAAAUAAAAGGAUUUCCUAAAAAGUAAUUUCCAUAAAAUUCUUCUGAUUCUCUAAUAUGAAUAUUAAGUGUAUAUAUACACAUUAUACAUAAAUAUAAUAUAUAUUUAUAUUUUUCAGGUCAGUCUGUUGAUGGUAUAGAACUAAUCUUCUGUGCCAUGUGUUUUUAACUUAAGAAAAUUGCCAGUUUUGAUUUCUCAGCUAAAAGCAGAAUACAGCAGUCUCAAUUUCAAUUUUUUUUUCUCAAGGAGAAAAAAAAAUAAAUGAGUAUCUUAUCUGUGACUUUAUCUAAGAAGCACAACUAUGGGGAUAAUCAUUGGAUCACACUGCUUAAAUACUGUGUAAGGGGAGUAAAUUCAGCAACUUGUACUACAACUCAGAAUUUUAACAUAAAAGGAUUUUUAAAAGCAUCAUUCAGUGUUAUUGAUACAAAAAGCAUUUUAUCUUUCUGAUGUCAAGUCUGAAUUCUUGUAUGAUACUACUCAAAGCAUUUGUAUUUAGCUUUAACAAUGAUUUGAUGUGAUCUCUCUGUGUACAAGUCUGUAUGCAAUUGGUUGUUUUUAAUUAUAACAAUAUUCUGCAACUUGAAAUUAUUUUUGAGUGAUGAAGUUAUUUCUAGAUAGUUCUCUGAUUAUAGUGAAGAGCUAGGUGUCCUUGACUAUCACUUUCCAGUGGAGAUGUUAUAUACUGAUGAGACAAGUUCCAGCACCUUGUGUUUAGUAGGUUUAAUGCAAAACAGAAGUGAGUAGUCAAAGACGUUUGGAAAAAAACAAACAAACAAACAAAAAAAAACUUUUCUUCUUAUAAAAACUGAAAACUAUUAACAAUCCAUGAUCAGUUUUGUAAAUGAUGUAAUUUGCAUUUGCCAAGUUAUUUCAUGCCUCUUCCAAAGUAUAACUUGACAUUGGCUUUCAUCAAGUGAUAGUGAAAAUAUCAGCUUUUCUCUAAAUAUGUGUUUAAAUAAAGAUGCAUUUCUUCCAUAUACAUCUGUGACUUUUGGUACUGGGAAAUGUUUUAGUGAAGGUUUGUGCUGUUCAAGUGCAAGGACUAAAUGAAUUUAUCUUUCUAGAAUCUGUAAAAUGUAAAACCAUUGAGCCACACUGAAUAGACACAGUUCCUGUUAUAGCAAAGUUUUAGCAAGAGCCAUGAUUUAGCAUUCAGCAUUCCAGGAUCACCAGCAACAGCAUCUCUAAUCAAAUCAAUAGAUUUUGAUUUGUUAUGGCCAAAAAUCAGCAGGAAAAGUCUUGGUUAUGCACCUGCCUGCGCUGAAGUAGUCAAAUGUAGAAUAGACAUUUGCUUUUAAGAAUUUUGAAAGUUUAAGAUUUGUUAUAUUAAGACCAAACUGAUGGAAGAAUUGAUUUGGAAUGAAUUCAGAUAACAUCAUUAUAUAUAUAUGUAUAUAUAUGUAUAUAUAUAUAUAUAUAUAUAACAGACAGAAAACGACCAAAACACAAAAAAACUUAUCACAACCUCAGAUGAUUUUCUUGGACCGUUUGCUUUGAAACAUGAUGAGUUUGCAACUUUAGAAAGUUUUGUUUUGGUUGCUCUCAAGAACAAAAACUGGUAAAGUCUCUGACUGAUCAUGUGACCUGUGUCAUAAAAGUGCUUUUAAUUCUGUAAACAGGACAUUCUGAAACCAAACUAAGAUGUUCAGUGAACAAAAUGUUCCCAAUUCAUUUUGAUUGCAGUUAGUUAUUAGGUUUCUAAGUCUGGGUGCAAUCUGAGACCACAGGAAAGAAAUCAGAUGAGCACGGCACAAAUUAGCAUGUCAGUGGGACAAGUGGAAUUCUUAAGAUCUAGGCUGUCCUUUUACCAGGUUGGAAUUUGUGAGAUAAAGUGAAGAGAUCCUGAAUAAAAUCAGAUUGAUUUUAUUGAUAAAUAUCCAUUCUUACCAUAUUUCCACUUGAAGUAUCUCAAUUGGCACCUUUUUUUUCAUCAUAUAGAACACAUGUCAUUGUGGGCUCCCACCAAUCUACAGCCAUGUCCUGGAAAAGUUUUGACUGUGAUAUAACUAGCUAUAAGAGAAGGCUUCUUUUGUACUACAAGCGUAACUGUAUAUCACUUCAGAAAGCAUCAGAUGGCUAAUUUCUUAAUACGCCUUCAAAAAUCCUACCUGCUACCUCUCUGUUUUAGAUUCCUAAGUAUCUUGUCAACAUAUGUCUGGCAAAAUGUGACAAGACACAGGUGUAUGACUGAAGGUACUAAAUACAGACUGAAAUAAUCAUUUUUUUUUGUUUGUUUUUUUUUCUUACCAUUGUCUUUACGGUAGCUUUAAUAACUUAGAAGCCAAAUAACUGCAUGUUUUAGAAAUUAAAGCAGGUGUCAAGAAGACAUAAAAUGAAAAAUCUUGACAGAAAGAAACAUACAGUUCCUCAAACUAUAUGUCACAAACUGCUUCUAGGAAAAGGUGACUUUUUCAGGCUGUUCUGUCCAAUUUGCUAAGUCUGUUCACUGAUGUUACAAGUACAUGUAGCUUGAUUGGCUACAGUUUAGUCGUAAGUGUUUUGGGCUGCAACAGCGUCCUGCUGUGACAAUAUCCUGGGAGACUCCAGUCAGAUGGCAAGGUUCAGACCCUUUUCUAAGUCACUGGGAAUGAUUCUGAAGCUAGCCAAGAAGGAAUAGCAUAGGGGCAAAUCAAAGUUCCUUUUGCACUGCCACUGCUUUUUUUUGUCAUUGUUACUCUCAUAGAUCUGGCUUUCCUCCCUAUGACAAUGCUAUAAAAACUGUAUAGCCAUUUGGAUGUUGCCAUUAGAGUUGAGGAGUCAGGGCUCAUUUCUGUGAGGAAACACCAUUGUAGGCAAUUGAAGAUACAUGACAUUAUGAAACUGAUUUGAAUGCUGUACAAUUAAUUAAAAACUGUACUUCCAACACCAUUACAAUUUGAGCCUUCUAAUGUUUGCCUCUGGUUUUGAGCUCCCUCUCCUUCUGAUUUUCUUCUCCUAUAUAGUCCCAAUGGCAACACACUUACUUGUUUAGAAAUAUGAUGAUCCUUUAAAACCAUGACUUCAAGAGCUGGGAUUUAACUGAAAAAUUUUACUAGGCUUAACAGAAAUCACUGAGAUUAAAUAAUAUUGUAGUACCCUUUUAUAUUUUCCCAGGGAAUAGUUGGCAAGAUUGAAGUGAAAUUGAAUCAGAAAAUCUCGUUAUCAGUUCUGAUUCCAGCUGUAUUGCUACUUUGUGAACUACAAGCAAUGAAAAUACAUUAGAUUCCUUAAAACAAGUAAAACAACUGCUUCUGACUUUUUUUUUUUUUUUUUUUUUUAAUAUUAACUAUUCUCCAUUGAAGUUGGGAACACUAGAUUAGACAGUUGAAGUAUAGUCAUAUUCACAAAUUUUCAGUUUCUUUAGGUGCUUUUACAAGCAAUGGAACCCAAAAGGUUGAAAACAUGAGCUGAAAACUUAAUUACCUUCUGACUUCAAUGAGAGUUUACACAAUUACUUUGUACAUGAGGAGAAGGUAAAAGAGGAGAAGUACAGUAGCUUUCUCCACUGCAAAUCCUCAGGGUUCUAUCAGAAAUUUAUCUACUGUACUUGUUCAACUAAAAAGAAAAGAACAAAGGAGAUAGGUCUCAGGCUAGUAUUUAAGUACAAAAUGUGCGCUGUCACAUAAGAAAAUGUUUACUAACUGCCUCUUGUUAGCUAGCAAUGCUAAAUUUCUAAUAUCCUGGUAUCAUUUUUCUCCUUUCCAUUACAAAAUGCUCACAUUUCUUAUUGUCAUGGUCCUCAGGCAUCAGGAUGUGCAGUUAGAGGAGGAGAGUCUGUAACAUUUAUAUGUUACUUAUACUUGAUACAUCAGCAACUGCUGCUGAUAUAUCAAGCGCCAGCUACAGUAUUCAUAACAGAAUGUAUGCAUAUUUUGCUAUUUGUAGGUAGUAAAUGCUGCACUUCGAAACUGUUUUGCAGCCUCCAAGACACUUGCAUCUCUAGAACAGAACCUUGCAAUCUCUGCUUGUUCUGAUGUUACAAAUCAGCUUUGAAACCAUUGUUCUUAGAAUCCCAUGUCUAUUUGAAGUGGUGAAACAAAGAAUUUUUAAUGUAAGCCAUAUUUUCCUUAAAAAAAUAAAAAAUAAAAAAAAGCUGAAGUAAUAACUACAUUUUCCUUCUAAUCUACGAGACAGUCUCACAAUAUGCUUAUAAGAAAUCCAAAUAUAGAUUUACCUCAUUUGCUAAAAAAACACGUUGGUUUGCAGUGUAUUUUUUGUGCGAAACUUUGCACCUCUCAACUCUUCAUGCUGCCUCAAAGCUGUCAGGGUAUGGAGCUAAUUACUGCUGUAUUUCUUAUUCUGCCCACACAUACUCAGUGUCUGUGAACUUUGCUCACAUCCAUUCAGGAUGCAGCUGUAACAUGCACAAGGCUGUGUAGAGGACAACACGGACAUAAUGACAAGAUGGAUGUAAUCUACAGUUAACCAGAGACUUGGGGAAAGCCAAAAGAUGAAAAGCUGCCUGAAAGUAGACAGUAGAAAGUAGAAAGGAGAGUAGACCCUGGGGGUUAGAAGUAUGAGGCUUGGAAACAUGAGCCAAUAGACACAUAAGCCACUAAUAAGAGCUGUCACCAUAUUAUAAACAUGCUAAUUGUCUGAUAGAGUUAAAGCAGAGCCACAGGAAGAUGUGUUGCAAAACACCUGUGCAAUGCCUAAGGCUCAUCUAUUUCUGAGACAGUCCUGAUCUGUUCCUCUGCAUUCUCCAACAUGUGCAUCAUGUAUGGCUUCCACUGAACAACAGUGAACAACAGUUUUUAAAAACUUUUUAAAAAAUCUCAAUAAGGGGGAUAAGAUUUCAGAGCUGCAGGUUUCUAGCCAAAGUACUGUAUAGUGGAAAAGCUAAAGGAAGUGUGUUUAAAACUUGUCUGACAACAGCACAAGCUGUGGAAAGCAGAAGAAAAAAGGAAGUUGAAACCAGGUAAUUCAUGUUUUUCUUUAUAUUUUGUGGACAGCAAUGAAACAAAAAAGUGGCUAUUUUGCUGUAAAAGGGAGUCUGACUAUACAUUUUAUAUUUGUUAAUAUUUACUACAUUUAGAAACAUUUUCAAAUUGAGAACUGCAGGAAAAAAUAAUGUGUAUGGAAAAAUUGUGAUCACUUAUAUCCCCGAAAACUUUGGUGAACCUCAAGUUUUUUACUCCUUACUGAUUGUGAUAUUGUAGCUAUGGAGGCAAAUUUUGUCUGUGAGGAAGUCCUUGAGCAUCAAAGUUUGGAAUGUAAAUGUCAUGCAGCUGCUUUCUGAUUAUUCAGUUUGUGUUUGAUAAUCAAAUUAAUAAAAUAACAAGCACUGCUGUCGAUACUGAA